AGAAGGCAAAAGACUGCACGACGUCGUCGUUUAUGAUCACUACCAAGCAAUCCUCACAGCGAAGAAGAAGAAGAACAUGAAUGAAGAAGUUGAAGAAACAGGAGCAUCAGUAUGGGUCGAGGGAGCUGUUAUAGUGGGUGCGGGUCCAUCGGGGCUAGCUGCAGCCGCAUGCCUGAAAGCCAAGGGAAUCCCAAGUAUCAUCCUGGAAAGAGCCAACUGCUUAGCUUCAAUGUGGCAGCUCAAAACUUACGAUCGUCUUCGUCUUCACCUCCCAAAGCAGUUCUGCGAGCUUCCUCUCAUGCCUUUUCCCUCCAACUUCCCUUGCUACCCAACCAAACAGCAGUUUGUGGCCUACCUGAAGGCCUACGCCGACCGCUUCGGCCUGAGGCCGGCGUUUGGGAGGAGGGUGGUGAGCGCCGAGUAUGAUGAGGAGCUGAAGUAUUGGAGGGUGAAGACAAAGACUGGUACUACGUGUGGUGGUGAUGAGGAGGAGAGAGAAAGAGAGUACUGGUGUCGGUGGCUGGUGGUGGCGACGGGGGAGAAUGCGGAGGAGGUGGUGCCGGAGAUAGAAGGGAUGGGUGAGUUUGGAGGGAGAAUAGUUCAUACAAGUUCGUACAAGAGUGGGGAUAUGUUGUGUGGGAAGGCUGUGUUGGUGGUUGGAUGUGGGAAUUCCGGCAUGGAGGUUUGUUUGGAUCUCUGCAACCACAAUGCCACACCUUCUCUUGUUGUUAGAGAUACGGUGCAUAUAUUGCCUCAGCAGAUGUUUGGGAAAUCAACGUUUGGAUUAGCGAUGUGUCUGCUGAGGUGGCUGCCCGUAAGAGUGGUGGAUCAGUUUCUGCUCAUAAUGUCACAUCUCAUGAUCGGAGACACUUCUCGUUUCGGAAUUCAUCGUCCCAAAUUGGGUCCUCUUCAGCUCAAGAACUUGUACGGCAAAACCCCCGUCCUCGAUGUUGGCACUCUCUCCCUCGUCAGAUCUGGCAAAAUUAAGGUUCGUCCAGGAAUCAAACGGCUGAAACAUCAUGCUGUGGAGUUUGUUGAUGGCACCGUACAGAAUUUUGAUGCCAUUAUCCUGGCAACCGGUUACAAAAGCAAUGUACCCUCUUGGCUAAAGGGCAGCGACAUGUUCAGUGAGAAAGAUGGGUUGCCAAGAAAGCCAUUCCCAAAUGGUUGGAAAGGAGAGAAUGGACUUUAUGCUGUAGGAUUCACCAAACGUGGAUUGCUUGGGGCCUCCAUUGAUGCCAAAAGAAUUGCAGAAGAUAUUCAACAUAUUUACCUGCAAAGCUAGUUAACGGACCGCACGCUUUCACUUGCAUCAUGACAUGUAACAAAUUAAACCUGCAAUACUUAGAUCAAGUUCCUUAUAACCAUUAUGCCAAUAUUUCCGAU